AUGAACUUUGCUCCAGUGAAAGGUUAUGAAGAAGACGUUGGGAUCAAAACAACACAUCGUGUCAUGUAUCCAGAGAGCGCCGUGGAUUUAGAUAAUACGACGCAUCUUGUGCUGUUUCCAUUCAAGAUAAAUGAUAUUGAGUGGCUCAUUAAGGCCUUUACAACAGGAUUCUAUGGAAGAUCAUAUGCACCGAUAAAACCAAAAAUAAAAGGCAACAAAAAUUUGGUGAUGGUGGUCAAUCCAGCUUUUAUGAAGUACUCUCAUGAGGUUUGGCUGGGGAGUAUAGGGAACUACCCUUCCACUGGUUUUAUGACUUUUGUUCUGAGCCUUCAUGUUUGCGAUGAGGUACAUGUGUUUGGUUUUGGUGCAGACAGCCAGGGAAGCUGGAGUCAUUACUGGGAAACCCUUCGAGAUAAGAGCUUCAAAACCGGACCACACCCUGGACACCAUGAACAUGCAAUUAUACAAAAUCUUGCUGAUGGAAAAACAGUAAAGCUUUAUAAAGGCUCAUAACUUUUCUUCUCAAACUUUAAAAGUCAGAUUUUCAUUCCUAUUUUGUUGACAUUACUUGAUUUGUUGUUAUAGUAACAACAGGUUGUUUUUUGGUGGGUGUUUUCUUAUUACUUUUU